CUCUCGGCCUGGACGCUCUCAUAUUAGUACAGAGAGCAGCAACUACUGGGCUCUAUAGCCAAGGCCUGACUAUAGAUUGCAACUAGCAACCCCCACCCUGAAACCAGCCCAGAGGGGAGGGGAGGGAUCUCAGUGCAGGAUUUCAGAGCACACACGUCUUGCUGCUCUUUGGCAGCACCAUGGAGGAGGGUAAAGCGGGCAAGGUAAAGCUCACCUUCUGUGUGAUAGCGGUGGGUAUCAUCCUGGCAGUGGUGGCGGUCAGCACUGACCACUGGGCAGGACUCAGCCCCCAGCUGGAGAGCACCAACAGCACCUGUGAGGAAGCCCACUUCGGACUGUGGCGACUCUGCACCAAGAGGGUGUUUGUCCGGAGCGUGGACCCGGACGGGAAUGGAUGUGGAGACACCGACCUCCCGGGAGAAUAUAACUGCACAUAUUUCAAGCAUUUCACAUCAGGAGAAAAUGCAGAAAUUUUCCAAAUUACUACUCAGAAAGAAUAUAGCAUUUCAGCAGCAGCCAUCGCUAUCAUCAGUAUUGGGUUCAUGGUGCUCGGUACAAUCUGUCUGCUGCUCUCUUUCAACAAGAGGAUGGAUUAUUUCCUGAAACCAGCCGGCAUGUUCUUUAUCUUCUCAGGCCUGUGCAUCAUCAUCUCGGUGGAGGUCAUGCGGCAGUCUGUCAAGCGGAUGAUUGACAGCGAGGAGACCAUCUGGAUGCAGUAUCACUAUUCCUGGUCAUUCGCCUGUGCCAGUGCGGCCUUUGUCAUCCUCUUCAUCGGGGGAAUCACUCUCCUGCUCAUCUCUCUGCCGCGUAUGCCCCAAAACCCAUGGGAAACGUGCAUGGAUGCACCACCAGAACAUGUGUGAGGUGGGGGUGGGGAAUCAAAUUCACUCACAGGGAUGUGGUGGUCUAGUUUGGACAGCUUUAUUUAUGGUGGUUAAACAGGGAGACUCAUCUUCAGGGGUUUCUUGAAACAAAAAAAAAAUCACAACUUUAAUUUCAAAAAACUGAAAUUGGGAAUGAAAGUAAAACAUGCUGGGAAAAAAAGAACUGUGGAUGUUGGAAAUCUGAAACAGAACUUGCUGGAGAAACUCAGCAGGUCUGGCAUUAUCUGAAGCAAAGUUAAUCUUCGGGUUGAAAAUGAGCCCUUUGUUGUUCUGCACAAGUCCCCAGUCUGCUCCAAACACUCUGUUCCUCCACACACCUUAACAUUGCAGCUCAUUCUCUUCCAUCUCAGAUUUCCUGCAGUCCCAGUAUUUUCCUGUCAGGAAAAGCUGAAAUAUUCAGGCUUUCAUUCGGGGAAUUCGAGGCAUGGGAAGCGUGUCAAGGCCUGGACAUUAACCUUUCAUUCUCUUCCAGAUGCCUGCUGUGCAUUUUGUGCUUUCUUUAAAUUUCUUUAGCAGAACAACAGGACAUGAAUAAGUCCACUCACCGUUAAUAGUGAGUCAUUGAUGGGGUUAUGACUGGGAACUGCGUUGAUGAUAGCUUUGCUCUCUCACAGUCAGUCUCCUGGUAACACUGUAUCAUCGACACUGGUUCUCAGCACUCAGUGUCGUGAGGAUGUGUUUCUGAACAACGAUUAUUAGAUUUUCUGUGGGAAAUGGGGCCACGUGAGCAGAUCUCAGUGUUGUGAAUAACUGUACGUGCUCUCGGAACGGCAGGUUAAACAUAAACACCUUAAAUACGCAGCCACAAAAAUAGAAACAAAGAACUGGGGAUGCUGCAAAUCUGAAACUUAAACAGAAAUUGCUGGAAAAGCUCAGCAGGUCUGGCAGCAGCUGAAGAGGGAAAUCUGAGUUAACAUUUCAGGGCCAGUGACCCUUCCUCAGAAUUGGCAGUUAGCACAGACUCUGCCCCAGACCUUCAAAUACACCACCACAACUGGCUUCAGGAUAUUUCCUGAUCAACCUGUUGAGAGAUGUUAUUACACAUCCCAAGAGCAUGUGGGACUUGAACCCGUACCUCCUGGCUCAGAGGUAGGGACACUACCAUUGUGCCUACCACCAGCUCCAAACGUAGAGACAUAGGGGAUAGCAGCAGGAGGAGGCCAUUUGGCCUUUGAGCCUCCUCCACUAAUUAUCACCAUCAUUGGCUGAUCUUCCAUCACAACAGCCUAAUCCUGCCUUCCCCUCCUAACCUUUGAUUCAAUUUGUCCCAAGUGCUAUAUCUAGCUGCCUCUUGAAUACAUUUGGCAUCAACUACCUCCUGUGGUAAUGAAUCCCACAGGCUUACCACUCUUUGGGUGAAGAAAUGUCUCCUCAUCUCCAUCCUAAAUGGUCCACCCUGAAUCGUCAGACUGUGACCCCUGGUUCUGGAAGCACCCACCAUCAGGAACAUCCUCCCUGCAUCUAUCCUGUCUACUCCUAUUAGAAUUUUACAAGUGACUAUGAAAUUCACCCCCCCCCCAUUUGUCUGAACUCCAGUGAAAAUAAUCCUAACUUAGACAACCUCUCCUCAUACACCAGUCCCGCCAUCCCCAUAAUCAGCCUGAUAAACCUUCACUGCACUCCCAUGAGAGCAAGAGCGACCUUUUUGAGAGAAGGAGACCAAAUCUGCACACAAUAUUCUAGAUGUGGCCUCACUAAGGCUGGAACAACAUAUCCCUGCUCCUGAACUCAAAUUAAUAGAUUGUGAAUAGCUGGGGUCAUAGCACUGAUCCCUGUGGCCCCUCCAACGAGUUACUGCCUUGGGAAGGACUCAGUAGGACAAUUUGGGAAGGAUCCAGAGGAUUCUUUGUUUUUCUCUGCCAACUAGUUUUCUCUCCAUCUCAAUACACUUCCCCAAGUCCCAUGUGCUUUAAUCUUGCACAAUAACCUCUUACUUGCGACUUUGUCACUUUCUGAAAGUCCAAAUAUGCCACAUCAACUGGCUCCCCCUUGUCAACUCUACUAGUUACACCUUCGUAGAAUUCAAACAGAUUUGUCAAGCAUCCUGACUCUAGCAAAUCUUAGCAGGACUUAUACACUUAUUGGUAAGGUCCUAGAGAGUGUUGCUUGGAGUGUCGGUUCAUAACUGCUUGAAAGUGGAGUCACAGGUAGAUAGGAUAGUGAAGAAGGCAUUUGGUAUGCUUUCCUUUAUUGAUCAGAGUAUUGCGUACAGGAGUUGGGAGGUCAUGUUGCAGCUGUACAGGACCUUGGUUAGGCCACUGUUGGAACAUUGCGUGCAAUUCUGGUCUCCUUCGUAUCAGAACGAUGUUGUGAAACUUUAAAGGGUUCAGAAAAGAUUUACAAAGAUGUUGCAAGGAUUGGAGGAUUUGAACUACAUGGAGAGGUUGAACAGGCUGGGGCUGUUUUCCCUGGAGUGUCGGAGGCUGAGGGGUGACAUUAUAAAAGGUUUGUUAAAUUAUAAGGGGCAUGGAUAGGGUAAAUAGACAAGGUAUUUUCCCUGGAGUGGGGUCCAGAACUAGAGGGUAUAGGUUUAGGGUGAGAGGGGAAAGAUAAAAGGGACCUAAGGGGCAACUGUUUCACACAGAGGGUGAUACGUGUAUAGAAUGUGUUGUCAGUGAAAGUGGUGGACACAAGUAUAAUUACAGCAUUUAAAAGGCAUCUGGAUGGGAAUAUGAAUAGGAAGGGUUUGGAAGGAUAUGGGCCAGGUGCUGGCAGGUGGGAUUACAUUAGGUUGGGAUAUCUGGUUGGCAUGGAUGAGUUGGACCGAAGGUUCUGUUUCCAUGCUGUACAUCUCUAUGACUCUAUCUGGUCCUAUUGCUGCUUUCUAAAUGCUCUGCUAUAAAGUCUUUGAUAAUAGUUUGAAGAAUUUUCUCACUACUGAUGUUUGGUUUACUGGUCUAUAAUUCCAGGUUUUCUCUGUGGCUCCCUUUUUGAAUAUUGGCUAUCCUCCAAUCUGCAGGGACUGUUCUAGAGUCUAUACAAUCCUGGAAGAUGACCACUAAUGCAUCUACUAUUUCUACAGCCACUUCCUUAGGUAUUCUGAGAGGUAGAUCAUCAGGCCCUGAUAAAGCUUGAGAAAUUCAGACCUGCACAUUGUUCAUUGCGUUUACCUUCACACCCACUCCCUUUUCAAAAUUCCCAAGCAAUCUUAAACAGUUUGAGGAAGUUUUCUUUUUAAUGUAGUUCAAAUAUCAAUAUGUUUGUAGCAGCAUUUACUGUGGAAUGUGUGAAUUCAUGUAUUCCUGACUCCAAACAUAAGUUAAUCCAUGUACUCAACCUUGCCGUCAAAUCCUGACCUUGUCUCGCAGUGACAUUUUUGAGGUUUGUAAAUCCACUCAUUUAGGGAGAACAGCUUCAACCAUUUGAAAUCUCACCUGACAGCAAUAAUCAGAAAUAAACAAUUACACCCUGGAUCUGUAGCUUAACAAUUGGCAAAAGCUUCAACAUUGGAUUAUUAUAUCGUUCACCACUUCCCACAUUUGUGCGACAAAUGGCUUUAGGGUUCUUUCGAUGCUGUAGAAUUUAUUGAGAUUUCCCUGUAUCCAAGCAUGUGUGAGACUUGCAUUUUAACUGCAUCACUACUCCUUACACUUCUUUUUAUAAUAAACAUAUACCCAAACGUCUCCCAUCAAGAAUGUGUCACUAGAGAAAAUGUUUUCCUUGAAAUUGGCUGGGUUUUUUUUGCUGUGGCUUUAUCUCCCUUGAGACAAUAUUUCAGUGAUUGUGGAGGAUGGGGCUUGUAGGUUGCUCUGUUCGGUGGUUCAAACAAGCACUGAUGACCCUGACCCCUUUAGCUGACCCUCUCCUCGUUUGCCCAGAAGUCCUCCCGAGAUUGCAGCGUGUGUGAUUUCUAAAAUCUGUGGAGAUUGCGCUGGUAAAAAUGCGUCUCUUAAACAUUGAGCUUUGCCCUCAUUAGCGUUCUGCUUUUUCUGGUUGAAUUACAUCGAAUUGGAAUUACCAAACAGUCGAGAGGCUUUUGGGUCCCCACUCACACACAGAAUGCUCCACAUGAACCCGACUGAUCAAAUUAUUAAAAAGGACAUGCUACAGCAGAGUUCCUAGUAUCAAACUAUACUUUGCAAAUACAUAUUAGCUGAAUUAUGAGGCCUUACCCCUCAUUCAGAUACAUAGAACAUAGAAAAAUACAGCGCAGUACAGGCGCUUUGGCCCUCGAUGUUGCGCCGAUCCAAGCCCACCUAACCUACACUAGCCCAUUAUCCUCCAUAUGCCUAUCCAAUGCCUGUUUAAAUACCUUUUAUAUAAUUGUUUAAUUAUUAGACACAGUUGUUUGGCAGCACAGAACUUGAAUAUUGAGAAAAAACACAUUUUGUCAAAGCCUUUCAUCUUGCACUCAUCAGGACAAUUGACAAGAAAUAUCAAAGUAAAGGGGAAACAACUAUGAGGAGAGAGUGUUGAUUACUGAUGUUAAUGAUGACUGACAGUUAACUGAUAAGCUUUGUUUAAAUUCUACAGCAGGCAGGCUGACUGUGAUAGGGCAAUAUCUUGACCAGAAAAUAAACGAUCAAAUGGCUCUCCCCUAUUAUGUUGAGUUGAAACAGGCACUGUGUGUGUGUGUGUGUGUGUGUGUGUGUAUUUGUGUGUAAUGUUCUUUCUUUGUAUGUUAAUAUAUGCAGCUUCCAGUUCUCACAAAUGUACCACAAUGAGUCCAACUGACAAUCCUAAAUUGGUUGACAAUGUAAUUCUUUGUACAAUCAGAAUUAAAAAGCAUUUGUUGUUCGA